CUGAUCCAUUGACUUGUCUCAGCCCAUUAAGAAACUCCACUCCUUUGCACAUUAGCUAAGGCUCAGUCUCAGGACCUGCACUGACUUUCCCUGCUCAGGUUUUUGUGAUUUUUAUCUCUGAAUGUAUCUUUCUGUGUAACUUUUCAGAAUGGAAGAAGCUGAAUUAAUGAAAGAGAGGCUUCUGGCUAUAACUGACAAGAGAAGGUUGCAAGAAGAUAUUGCACAAAGACGACUGACCAUUGAAGAAGAGAAAUUAAAACUACAUCAUUUAAAGAAAAAAUCUCUGCGGGAAAAAUGGCUUUUAGAUGGCUUAAGUACAAUGUCUCCAGAGGAACAGGAGGAAACAUUACGGCAAAGCCAAGCAGACCAGAAGCAGAUCAAAACCUUAGAACUCAGUAUUGUCAGACUUGAACAAGAAAUUGGAGAUCUUGAAAAGGAGGAAUCCCAGCUGUCUGCAAAAGAGGUGCGGGUUCUGCAGAGAUUGAAAUCCGUGGAACGUACAACAGAAGACAUUAUAAAGGCAGUGAAAGCAGAGGCGAGAGAAGAACCAGUAACACCAGUACAGGAUAUUUAUGCCGGUAUACCUGACCUGCCAGUAUCGUAUAAACCCCAAUUUGUCAAGAGUUUGGAAAAAACACAAAAAGAGAAUGGAGAGGAGCCAAGAAAAGCUUUGUUUGCCAUGGAAAUCAAAGUUGAAAAAGACAUGAAGACUGGAAAAAACAAGGUGUUAUCGAGUAUACCGGUUCCUUCCAGUGAGUUUAAAGAUGAAGGAGUGAAAGUUUAUGAUGAUGGCAGGAAGUCUGUAUUUGCAGUGAGUGCUAAAGGUGUGGUCAAGAAUGGAGUAGACAAUCUUGCUCCUAUAGAAGUAGAAUAUCUUUUAAGGAAAGCUACAGAAAAAAGCUCGCAGUCCCCCACGGAGUACCAUGAACCUGUAUUUUCUAACCCCUUCAAUAAUUCAAGCGUUCAAAAAGGACAGAUAUCCCCAAAAAUAAAUGGCCACAAUUCAUCUCCCGUAGUAAUUCCGGAACACAGUUCUACCCCGAAUGGAAGACUAAGCUCAGAAUCAAUAUCCUAUCCUAACAUAUCAAAUGCAAUGUCUUUGGUUAAAGAAGCAGAGCCAAAAGAACCAAUAUUUUCACCUAGUCAACCUGGUGCUUUCACUCAGAGCAAUCACAUUUCUAAAGAAUAUCCUGAACAUCAGCUAAAACCAGAGGAAGGCAUCCAAGGGCCAAACGUCAUGAACUCUGCAUCGUAUCCACAAGUGGACUCUUCAAGUUUAGAUAUGGAAGGUGACAUUCACUACAAUGUUGUUCAUACCCAGCCUUGCUAUCUUGAGGAUUCAGAACCAGUCACCAUGAUUUUCAUGGGAUAUAAAAAUGCAGAUGAGGUUCAGAGCAAACCAAUGACCGACUAUGAGGGCAUCAUCCGUGCUGAACUGGUUGUAAUUGACGAUGAUGAAGAUGUAGGUGAUGGUCUCCAUGCAGGACAGAAAUCUGUAAAAGAACAAUAUUUUCCUCCAGUUGGUCAACAGCCAAAUGAUGUCAUACAGAAACUACCCAAGCACGAAGUAACUUUGAAUAGCCAUCUACCCUACAAGAAUUCAAUAUCUUUACUAGAACAAGAAGCAAGCUUAGGACAAAAUAACUACGCCCUACCAGUCAGAACAACGAUAGACGAUGGUACAGAGGAUCCGUCGUUAACAGCAUUGAGAAUUCGAAUGGCAAAACUUGGGAAGAAAGUCAUAUAGAAGUGUCACUUCUCUAAAGGAUGAACACCUUAACAGUAUGGCCAAAGUGAAUUAUGUGUACUUCUAAUUACCAAGGACCUUUCUAUGUUUUGUAUCGCUUUGUGGAUAAUAUUGGUGUUCGGGUGAUUGUUGCCUUUGUACUUUGAUACAUCAGACACACACGCUGUGCCCUUCCCUCCGCAGUCAUUUUAGCUAUUUAAUAUGAUUUAAUAUGUAACAAACUUAGAAAGUGUUCAUACAUGUCUGUAAUAUUUGUUGCCAUUUUUUAUAUGAUCGCUAUUAUAUCUGGAAGCUUGUCAGACAAGAUCUCACUUGCCUAUACAGUUUGAUGGGUUCUUUAUAAUGAUAUAACUGUGUAUUUUAAAAGCGAAUAUUUACCGUUUAAUUGUAUUGCUUAGAAUUUAUAUCAUGUAACUAUAUGAAUGGUAAAAAAAAAAUUGACAUUAUUUAUCAUUGUCGCGCAUUAACAUUCACUGCCGUAAUUAUCUGACAAAAGUAGGUGCCGUCUCCUACAAACUAUUUUCUAUCUAGUUUCAUAUACAGACCAAUGUUUUGUUUUUUUGCGUUUUAAUGAAUUUAACCCUUAGCUUUACAUUUAUAAACAACAAUUAAGGACAACCAGUAAACAAAUGCUAUGGAGCUAUGGACUACAAGUUUGUGUGCGGUGUUUCAUAUAAAAUGCUGCACAUACAGUGAAAAUGAAGCUUGCUGAUCGAGAUGUAAGCCCACAUCCAGUGUCAUUACUGCUAAUAAAUCUGUGUAUUAAAUUGCUAUGCUUGCUGAUGAUGGAUGACCAAUGGUGUCAUAGGCACCCUCCAUCCCAUGCAGCUCUGAGUCCUCCCCCUGCAGUAAAGGGAGCGAUCCGGCCUUGGUGCAGGACCUAUGGUUAGCAUUUUUUUUUUACGUUUUUGGACCAUGUUAUCAGGGUUACACCAACCAAAAAACAGUGUUUUAUAAAUACGCUGUGUUUGAUUGCUGUAACCCUUUAAGGCGUCAAUAUCUGACCUACAAAUAUUUGUACAAUCGAAGCUUGACUAUAUUAACUUUGCUUUCUCCAUUUGAAUUUCACUGUUUGGUGAACAACCCUGAACGUGUUAAGAAUUACAUUCUAUCACUUCCAACAUAUCGGCCUGAGUAAAUGAGAGAUAACGUACGAUUAUACUAUACUGCUAGUUGCUUGCAUAUUUUUACAACAAAACUGUCUUUCUGAGGGGGAAAAAAUAAAAAGUAAUUAACUGUGCAAGAGUAACGUUUGCAUUUGCCUGUGAGCAUAACCUUUGUACUCUUAAUAUGUUUUAUAAAAAUAUUGCAUUCAUAAACACAAUGUAAAAUAAUGUAGUAUUUACUUUUGCUUGUGUUAGUGCCAGUGAGCGAUUUUUUUUUUUUUUUUACAUUUCUGUAUUUCAAGAAUGUUUCAUAUAGUA